AUGGCGGUCAGUAUCGCUGCAGGUGACACUUCUGGGGCCAAGGGGCCAUAUACGAAGAAUUUGACGAAGUUGGAGAACCAGAUAGUGCGUUUUGAAAAGGAACAGGAACACUAUGAAGAAGCACUAUUAGAGAAGGACUUGUUAAUUAAAAGUCAGACCAAUAAAAUCCGUGAAUUAAGCGAGCAGGCACAGCAGGUGACGUUGGAACUCAAGUCGGAACGUGAGCGCCUGGACGAGCUCCUUCAUCAAUGGGAAGAUACCAACCGUGAGCUUCGGCAGGCGCUGGAGAUGGCGAAGGCCAAUUGCGGCAUCUACCAGAGGCGGGCUAACAAGUACCAGGAGGAAAAUCGGUUGUUGGAACUAGAACUCGGCGAGCUCAAAUUGCAGUACGACGGUGUGAUAGCACAGCUAUGCUCCCUUGAGCGCGUGGUGGCCGAGGCGCCGGCGGACUGUGGUCUGGGCGGCGACAUGCUCGAUGAGGCACCGGCAUCGGCCGUAUCGCAGAUGGGGAUGCUCGAUAUCUGGAUACAGGAGAGCGGGACCACGGUCGGCGCUGAUGAGCUGCACUCGCAUAACAACCAUACUACUCAUAAUAAUACACAUUGUAAAUCUGCUAAUACUAAUAAUGAUAAUGAUAACAAUAGCGCUAAUGUGAAUACUGUUAAUAUUAAUGUCGACUACUCGGGGGCAGAAAGUGACGAGGAUUUCCCAACAUUCGAUGAGGACCAGGACUUACAGGAGCGACUGUUUAAUGAUGUAAUAGAGACAGACGAAAGCGUGCACGAGCAGGGCAACCACAGCAGUUUUCUCGCGGAAGAGAUGGCAGAUUCCUACAAGCAGUACAUCAGGAAACUCGAACUUGAGAACGAGAUGCUUCUCCGACAGAACCGAGGAUUGAUACGAAGGUGCGAAGAACUACACAUCCAAAGCGGGCUAACCGCAAAAUAUGACAUUAUACGCAGCGCUAGUGCAGGCAACAAGGACGCGGGCUACUCCGAAUAUGGCAGUAAGCGCAGUGUAUCAUUCCAUAUGACGCUUCCGCGUCUAGGACAGGGAGAGCCCCUUCAAUUGUGGAAUGCCGACCCGGUUCGGCCAAGCACGACCUUCACGGCUUCGCAUGCAGGCGAGUAUACCGAAUUCUUUCCAGCCACGGGAAUCUGUGGCCUAAAGUGGCAUACGUUUGUCCCAAAGAACGCCAUGGACGUGCUUAUAUUUCAGCGCGCACUUUCCCAAGUGAAGGGGUCGGGGAGUGUGGGGGCGCGAGCGCCACCCCGUACGGCCCCCCAAGCGUCAACGUCUGGCAACUCGCAAAUUACUGGCCAGCUGGGCCAGUAUGUGACAUGCGUUGACUGA